AUGAAACUUACUGAGACGAAGGUUUAUUCAAAUAAUUUCACUAUGGAACCUGUCAAAGACUUCUCUAGAAUCACCUCAGUAGUUAGACUCAAAGUUAUGAUAAUCUUGGCAGUCUCAACUGUUACCUUUGGAAUUUGGUACAUGUGGGGUCUUAGCCUAAACGAAAUAGGUCAGUAUAUUUCAAACUACCAAAACCUAGCAAUAUGGAAUAUGGUUAAACAGCCUGUUUAUUAUCCAAACUUCGAAGUUUUCAGAAAUGACGUAAUGAUUGGGCGUCUUCUGUUAAAUAAAACCAAGAAACAUGAAAUUAUCAUCUACGGGCGGAUGUUGGCAGAUAUGAACAAAGAUGUAACAAAUUGUCCAGUGAACAAUUGUGUUAUCCAUACCGAUACAACUCGUUGGAUUCAAAGUGAUCUUAUUUUAAUUCCAAACAGACAGUUUCCAUCCGGAAAGCGUCCACAUCAACAGGCUUGGGUGGCAUUCGAGUAUGAAUCAGCACUCCAUACUCGAUUUAGUGAUGAACUUAAUGAUAAAAUUAACUUCACUGCAUCAUAUCGAUUUGAUUCAACUAUUCGCACACCUUAUGGAAUGUAUACACCAAAUGAACCUAAAACAGACGAUAUCAAUAAAACAACCAAUUCGACGAAAUUGGAGAAUAUAGCCAAAGGAAAAGAUAGAGCUGUUGCCUGGAUAGUGAGUAACUGUUAUCCUAGGAGUCCAAGAAAUGUUUAUGCAAAUGAACUAGCUAAAUAUAUUACAGUUGAUGUGUAUGGUCGAUGUGGUCGUAUGACCUGCUCCGGUUCGCAAUGUUUUGAUUUGGUACGGAAACAUUACAAGUUUUACCUGAGUUUUGAAAAUUCACUAUGUCAAGAUUAUAUAACAGAAAAGUUCUUCUUCAACGCACUAAUGAACAAUGCAUUACCCAUAGUUAUGGGUGCCUCAAUUGAGGAGUAUCACAAAGUUUCACCACCUCAUUCUUUCAUUCAUGUGGAUCAAUUUGAGAAUCCGAAAGAACUGGCCAAAUAUUUGAAGUACCUUGAUAAAAAUGACACUGCUUACAACGAAUAUUUUGCUUGGCAUAAAAGGGGUGUUGUAACUGUAUGGUCGUUUAAGCCGGAGUGUGAAUUUUGCAUACUUGCAAAUGCUCUUCCUUACUUCGAGCCAACUAUGCAUGAAAACUUUAUGUUUUGGUGGAAGGAUGGAUGUAAAAACAGAACAUUAAGAUGGAAUAAAGCAAUUUAA